UCCGCGACGUGUCGCCGCCCCGCGGGGCUGCCCGGCCGCCGGCGGUGCCCCCUGCGCGGGGGCUCCCCGCCGCUCCCGACUCGGCGGCGCUUCUCUUGCAGCAGCCCCGGAGCAGCGCCUGCCCCGCACAGGGGCUCUCCCGCCCUUGCGGGUAGUUCUCCCUCUGGAGAGACGUGGCCCGGCCCCUUGCGGGGGGCAGCGGGACACCGCCGGCCUCGGCCGGGAGGGGCGCGGCCCCCGCCUGGGCUGCGGCGGCCCCCACUGCGCUGCCCUUACGGCUGGGCCUCGCCUCCCGGGCGCUCCGAGGGCGUCGGGACGGCGCGUGCGUCGAUGAGGUGUUAGCAGCGAAGCACCGGGGCCCUACUGGGGCUAGGUCGGCCUUCUCCCAGCGAUUGCAUUAGCAUUAACAGGAGUCUGGAGACUGCUUUUUCCCCUGAUCCUUACUGACAAAAAGAAGAAAACAUGCAGGGUGUUUUUUUUAAAAAAAAAAAGCAAGCCGCUCUUCCUAGGAAGAGAAGGAAAUCUUGACCUGCAGAGAUCUGCCUUCAAGAAAGCACCAAGACGCUGCAGCUCUGUCUUUUCCCUGUCGUGGGAGCCCCGUCGAUGCCAGUGGCGGCGGGCAGAGGGAGCUGUUUAGCUGGAUGUAUCCUGCGGUUCCCCUCGCACUGGGUCAGACCAGGCAUACUGGGGUGGGAAGGGUGUUUCCUGGUGGUCAGCAAAUUCCUGCCUUGUAUCCGCUCCCUGGGUACUCUCUUUCUGGGAAGUGGGGAAACAUGAAUCUCUGUCUGUCGUGUUCUGGGUGUCUCCAACCCUCAGGGUCAAGAUGUUGAACUCUUCUGCUAGCCCAUGCAGCCUGAGGGUCAGGGCAGUGACACGGCUCAGGUGGAGGGAGCCAGCACUUCCCUUCCAUGCACCAUCCCAUCCCUUUAAAUCAGCCAGGGCCAUGUCGGUGUAGCAGUGUAGCUGGGCCCAGUGCCAGCCCGCCGAAGUGGCUGCUGCAUGCUCUGCUGACCCCAGGCCUCUGGGCAGCCUGGGACCUUGUGGAUCUGGGCUGCUGAUGACCCCUUUGUGUCCUCACACUAACUCAUUGCGUUUGCUGCAGUUCACAGCAAAGCAGUUGGAGAAGCUUGCCAAGAAAGCUGAGAAAGACUCCAAGGCUGAGCAAGCCAAAGUCAAAAAGGCUCUUCAGCAGAAGAAUGUGGAGUGUGCUCGUGUCUAUGCAGAGAAUGCAAUCCGCAAGAAGAACGAGGGGCUCAACUGGCUUCGCAUGGCUUCCCGCGUGGAUGCGGUGGCCUCCAAGGUCCAGACAGCAGUGACGAUGAAGGGGGUGACAAAAAACAUGGCUCAGGUGACCAAGGCUUUGGACAAGGCUCUGAGCUCCAUGGAUCUGCAGAAGGUGUCUGCAGUGAUGGACAAAUUUGAGCAGCAGGUUCAGAAUUUAGAUGUUCAUACAUCGGUCAUGGAGGACUCCAUGAGCUCCGCUACCACGCUGACCACCCCGCAGGAGCAGGUGGACAGCCUCAUUGUUCAGAUAGCAGAGGAGAAUGGCCUGGAGAUCAUGGACCAACUCAACCAGCUCCCUGAGGGUGCUUCGGCUGUGGGGGAGAGCUCAGUCCGCACCCAAGAAGACCAGCUCUCACGAAGGUUGGCUGCCUUACGGAAUUGAGGUUUCCCGUCAUCCCUAUGGACUGCUGCCCCACACUAGUUGUGUGUGGGGUGGAGGAGGCCCUGGAACUCCUUCCAUAUAGCCUCUGCUACAUCCUUGCUCUGACCUACUAGCCAGGCAGAGCCUACCAACCCCUCCAUCAGCACGUUCCCAGCCCUGCCUGGCUCUGGUUAGACUCUUCUUUUACGGUGUGAUGCUGGUGACUUCUCCCAGAGCAGGCAGAGAUUCUGGUGGGGGGUUGCUGAGCAAACACAGCCUUGUUCUGGCCUUGGAAAAUACUUUGCUGGUUCUGAUUUCAGGGUGUUUUUCAUUUGAGGGAUGCUGCAGGUUCCUUGCAGCAUUCCAGGGCUCUGGAUGAGAGCAAUGUGCUGCUCCAGAUUUAACACUAAAUUAGUCUUUCUGGAGGUAGGUUGCAGAAUCUGCUCGGGUGCUGAUGCCUGACUCCUCUUCCUGUGUAACACUUUUUUUUUUUUUUUUUUUUUUUUUUUUUUAAAAAAAAAAAAAUGUUCUAGGCUGGGCCUCAGCUGUGGGCAGCCCUUUGCUAGGGGCUCGCAGCAGCUAACUUUGUGGAGCAGGGAGAGACCUAAGAGGUUCUCUUUGUGUUGCAGUUGGCUAGGAAGAGGACUCUGACCGGGGUUGUCUUCUUGCCUGUGGUGUUUCUGGGAGGGUUAGUGCCUUGCAGGAAGGUGUGGUUGUGCCAUCGUGUCUCUUCCCUAGCAGUGACCUUCCCAAGCCAUCAUUAUGCAGUUUAUAGCAGUCAGUUGGUGCCCUAUUUGCAAACUUCACUUUGCCAAUCACUAACUCUGUCUUGGCAUGCAAAUCUCCCUGGAUCUCUUUGCUGAAAAGUGACCUUUAAGAUGUUUGCCCUGCCCUGCACAAGCACUUGUUUGUGUUUAAGUUCAAAUUCACUGUCUGCAACUGCUGAGGUCUGGAAGUGAAUUUUCCGGGCUGCGUCCUCCCACAUGGGCUGGUCCGGGCCAGGCAUCCAGCAACUGGGACUGGAUUACAGCAGCUUCCACUCCUGGGCUGGCAGCCACGGUGACAGCAGCCUUCCCUAGCCUUGUUUCUAAAUAUCCCCCAGCCGGGGAUGGGAGUGACAAACCCCCAACUGAAUGCCAAACCGUCCUGACAGUGUGUCCCGGCACUGUCGCCUGGCUCUGGCCUGCUCCGUGGGUCUCUCUGCUGCCUUUUCCUCUCCGUUGUCCCCACCUGUGCUGGAGCUGGCGUGGUGCCGCGCGUGCUGACGGUGCCGAGCUGUGCUGUGUGCUGCCUAGGCUGUGUGACCAGUCCUGCUGCAGCAGAGUGGGUAUGAUUCACCAGUUUUCUGUUCAAAUAUUCGUUUUUUUUUUUUUUAAGGGAAUUUUUUAGUCAUGCACAGCUGCUGCUUUGGACUGUGCUAUCACUAGGGAAAAACAAAAGUAUGGGUGGAGGGAGAGUGGCCCAGCUUCCAGCGCCAGCGGGAGGCUCAGCCCGGUGGCGUACGCUGCCCUGGGCAGCACUCGCUGCAGGCCGGAGGCCGACCUGUAACAAAGACACUUCCCGCUCUCCUUGCUGUUUCUCCCGAGUUCGGUGGCCUCGGCAGCGGACAUCCCGCGGCCUGAAGAGCAUCCUUCCCCCCACCCCGAGCCCCCCGCAGCGGGGAGGCUGCCGGGGCCGGCCCCCCUCCCCGGAGCGCUGGCCCCCCGGCUCCGGCUCCCCGCCGGGCUGGGGGGGACGCUGGGCUGCGGGGGCUCUGGCAGUGGCCCAGCUCUGCACGGAUGCCGAAUGCCGUCCGUGGGGCUGGGAACGGGGACGCGCCCUCCGGCCCUGAGGAGCCCCUGCCUCUCUGCGCGGUCUGCGUGAUGUUUUCUGGUUUGGGGUUUUUUAAAGCUUUGUUUCAUUUGCCUUUUUCUUCUCUUCCAAACUCGUGUUGAUUUACUUUCUGCUAUUUUAAAUAAACAAUCCCAGAACGUCA